GAUCAAUUCGACAUAAAUUCGGAUCUCGCAUCUGCGAUAUAUGGUUUAUAUUUCAGGUAUUUUCCCCUGGAAUGUACAUCGCUAGCACAGCUUUACUUCCGAGGCACAAGCACAACAAGCUGAAGCGGAAUCCAUUGUUAGGUUAAGGACGGAUAUUCAGUUUUAAAAUCUCUCUGAAAUUGCUGGUUCGAUGGCUUGAAACAUGUGUACUCCAGAUGAAAUUGAUGAUACGUAGAUCGGCGGUUUUGAUGAAAACCUCUUUUUCGAUGUACCUGAAUGCCCUCUUUCUAUCAGCUUGGUGGCUUCGGAAAACUAAGAAAGCAAUCAUGUGUGUUGUUUUAUCAACGUUUCUAGGGUGGCCGUUUACAGCUUUGAUUAGUUUGCCAUUUUUAUACGACAUGUUGAUUCGGCGAAGGAUGUAUGAAUCAUUUUUAUUCUCAAGUGGUUACUUCACUGUGAUAAUUGGUUUGCCGUUAGUUUUAGUGGAUUCCUAUUUCUAUGGUAAAUUUACGUUGGCCCCUUUGAACAUAAUUGCGUAUAACAUAUUUUCGUCACAUGGUCCAAAUUUGUUUGGAGUUGAAUCCAAAUAUUUCUACUUUAACAAUUUGUUUUUGAAUUUUAACGUUGUCUGGGGUUUUGCUCUAAUAUAUCCAUUUAUACAAAUAACAAUCAAAACGUUGAAGUAUUUCAAACUAUAUGGCAACCAUUUAGAGCAGGAUCGUUUUUGGAAGAUCACACCUUUAUACAUAUGGCUUUUAGUUUUCAUGCUUCAACCGCAUAAAGAAGAAAGAUUUCUGUUUCCGGUUUACCCAUUACUAUCGCUUGGUGCCGCUAUGUGCAUAACAACUAUUGAAAAAAUAUUCACUUUCCGUAAACAUUCAACUUGUAAUGCUGCUACUUUAUUUAAUACUAUUAUCACAAAGGUCAUAUUAGUUGCAUUUAUACUGCUCAGUUUAUCGAGAAUAGUGGCGUUAUAUAGAUACUAUCAUGCACCAAUGGACCUCACCUCACAACUAGCUUUUUCAUCAGAAGAGCAAAAUCUUUGCCUAGGAAAAGAUUGGCAUAGAUUUCCUGGUAGUUUUUUCUUGCCGAGUAAUUUUCGAAUAAGAUUCAUCAAAUCUUCGUUUACUGGCUUGCUACCAGCAUAUUAUGAUGAAACAAAUGGAGGUUCCAAAAAAAUUCACAGUUACUUUAACAAUUUCAAUCAUGCCAAUAAUUAUAUGUUGUUUGACAUUUCAAAGUGCGAUUAUUUAAUAGACCUCGAUUUAGAAACAACAUACCUAUCUAAUGAAGCAGAGCCAAACUAUUCAAAAAAUAAACAGUCCUGGGAAAUUAUAAAAAGUAUACACUUUUUAGAUGUGAAUAGCUCAAGUAAGUUUUACAGAUCAUUUUAUAUUCCAAUCAAAUUAUCUGGAAAUGUACAACUAGCAAACAUGAAUUUAUUAAAACGAAUAACGAAAUAAUUA